AAAAGCUCGUCAACAAAAUCAAUUGGAAGGUAAAAAAUUGAAUCAAAAAGAUUCAGUUAUUGAUGUACUUAAUCAAUUAUGUCGAGAUCAAUACAGUAUAGAAGAACUUCGAACUCGUCCAUUACCAGAAGGUGUUGAUCCAUCAAAAAUUGAAUCUUAUCUUUCUGAAACAGAUUUUCAAAAACAAUUUCAUAUGUCUAAAGACGAAUUCUACGCUUUACCAUAUUGGAAACAAACAAAUAUUAAAAAACCACUUGGCUUUUUCUAA